ACGUGAAGCCAGAGCGAGUCCCGGAUGUUGUUCGGCUACGCCGUGCGAAGAUGGCUGCCGCAAUGCUGAGGUCGCUGUGCAAACUGAAGUGUCCUUCAAGUUUAAUUUUGAAUAAGCAUUUGAUCGGCCCUUCUAGCGCAGUGGUGCAAACCAGACAGAAGCAGUGGCAGCCCGAUGUGGAGUGGGCAGAGCAGUACGCUGGGGCUGUGAUGUACCCAAGCGCCAUCACUGAGAAGUGGGUGCCCCCUCCAUGGAACGAUAAGGACCCCCCGGCUGAGAAGGACGUGUCGAAUCUGACGAUCAACUUCGGACCCCAGCACCCAGCGGCUCACGGGGUCCUCCGACUGGUUCUGGAGCUGAGCGGGGAGUCAGUGAAGAAGUGUGACCCUCAUAUCGGACUUCUGCACCGCGGCACCGAGAAACUGAUAGAGUACAAGACCUACCUGCAGGCUCUGCCGUAUUUCGACCGGCUCGAUUACGUGUCGAUGAUGUGUAAUGAACAGGCGUACUCUCUGGCAGUGGAGAAGCUGCUGAACAUCAAACCACCGCUUCGGGCGCAAUGGAUCAGAGUGCUGUUUGGAGAGCUCACUCGCAUCCUGAAUCACAUCAUGGCGAUCACAACACACGCGCUGGACAUAGGAGCCAUGACCCCCUUCUUCUGGAUGUUCGAGGAGAGAGAGAAGAUGUUUGAGUUUUAUGAGCGGGUGUCGGGGGCUCGGAUGCACGCUGCCUACGUGAGACCGGGGGGGGUGCAUCAGGACAUGCCUCGUCUGAUGGAUGACAUUUAUGAAUUCUGUAAAAACUUCUCGUUGAGAAUCGAUGAGGUGGAAGAGAUGCUGACCAACAACCGCAUCUGGAAGAAUCGAACCGUGGAUAUCGGGGUGGUCACUGCGGAGGAGGCUCUGAACUACGGCUUCAGCGGCGUGAUGCUCCGCGGAUCUGGAAUUCAGUGGGAUCUCCGGAAAAGCCAGCCGUACGAUGCUUACGACCAGGUGGAGUUCGACGUCCCCAUCGGGAGCCGUGGAGAUUGUUAUGACCG